AUGGCAGACAAAGUGCUGUACAGCACUCCGAAAGUGACCAAUCGGCCCCCGGUGGUUCCAGUGCUGCCCCCUGAGCCCAUCGACAUCAUCCGGGUCAAGGCCCGAUCUCGGAGGGUCAGGCUCAACGUUGGUGGUUUAACACAUGAAGUUUUAUGGCGGACGCUGGACCGCUUACCCAGAACCCGUCUGGGACGGCUAAGAGACUGCAACACACAUGAGUCUUUACUCGAGGUCUGCGAUGACUACAGCCUCUCUGAGAACGAAUACUUCUUCGACCGCCAUCCUGUGGCCUUCUCUUCCAUUCUCAACUUCUACAGAACUGGAAAACUGCACAUGAUGGAGGAGAUGUGCGCUCUGUCUUUUGGGCAAGAGCUGGACUAUUGGGGCAUCGACGAGAUCUACUUGGAGUCUUGCUGCCAAGCACGGUACCAUCAGAAGAAAGAGCAGAUGAACGAGGAACUGAGGAGGGAGGCAGAGACCCUGAGAGAGAAGGAAGGGGAGGAGGAAGAAGAGCUGGGUUGCUGUCCUGAGCAGAGGCAGAAGUUGUGGGAUCUCCUGGAGAAACCAAGUUCAUCUGUGGCAGCCAAGAUUCUGGCUAUGAUCUCCAUCCUGUUCAUUGUAAUUUCCACAAUUUCCUUGUCACUCAACACUUUGCCAGAGCUGCAGGUUGUGGAUGAAUUUGGCCAAUUUAAUGACAACCCAAGCCUAGCCCAUGUGGAAGCAGUGUGCAUCGCCUGGUUUACUAUGGAGUACCUGUUGCGCCUGCUGUCAGCACCUAAUAAGUGGAAUUUCAUCAAAGCACCACUCAAUAUAAUUGAUUUGCUGGCUAUAUUGCCUUACUACGUGACUCUCUGCCUCACUGAAUCUAACAAGAAUGUAAUGCAGUUCCAGAAUGUGCGCCGUGUGGUCCAAAUCUUCCGAAUAAUGAGGAUUCUGAGGAUAUUGAAGCUGGCCAGGCACUCCACGGGACUCCAGUCUUUGGGCUUCACUUUGCGAAGGAGCUACAAUGAAUUGGGUCUAUUGAUUCUCUUCCUAGCCAUGGGCAUUAUGAUCUUUUCUAGCUUGGUAUUCUUUGCUGAGAAAGAUGAGGAAUUUACCAAAUUCACUAGCAUACCAGCAUCUUUCUGGUGGGCUACAAUCACCAUGACCACAGUUGGUUAUGGAGACAUCUACCCACAAACAUUGCUGGGGAAGAUCGUUGGAGGGCUCUGCUGCAUAGCCGGCGUGUUAGUCAUUGCCCUUCCCAUCCCAAUCAUUGUCAACAACUUCUCAGAGUUUUAUCGAGAACAAAAAAGGCAGGAGAAGGCCAUCAAGAGGAGGGAAGCUCUUGAAAGAGCCAAGCGAAGUGGAAGUAUUGUUUCUAUUAAUCUCAAAGACGCUUUUGCACGUAACAUGGAACUUACAGAUGUGCUGAUCGAAAAACAAGAAGAUAACAAGUGUCCAGUGGACAACCACUUAUCGCCUAGCCGCUGGAGUUACCAUAAACGCUACUCCAAUGCAGAUAUAGGCAGCCCCAGCCAGUCCAAACCUCUUUACCAGGAAAUGGCUCAAGUGGGCUCAUCUGACUACAAAAGCAGCCCUCAACACCCCAAUAUCCUGAAAGCAGAAUGCACUUAUGACAAGUCAGCCAGUUUACAGCAGAAAGAAGUAAAGCUUAUAGAAGAAGAGAUGGAGAUGAAUGUUUUGCCUACCACCCAGAGCCAACAAACUUCACCUGGUAGGGUUGCAAGGACAAGCUGCAACGUGGGUGAGGACUUUACUGCAGAAAGAGGAGAAAAAAGUUCUAUGAUUCCUAACAUCGGAGGUAGUCAUUGUGCAAGACAAAUGCGCGCACCCCCUCCCUUGGAUCUGAGACAUAUUAGCGCCUUGGAGAUAAAUAAGACCACUGACAGCACCCAGCAAAUGACAUUACCAAAAGCAGGGCUGUAUAAAUUUGUGUCCACCCCUAACGUGAAUACAACAACAGACAGCACCUCCACAGAAUAUGGCGGCGUGCAAAAGAGAAUAGACCACAAGGUUGACCUGAUUGGAACCCAAGAUGAUGUGCUUAUGGCAGUAAUGACACCUGUGGCCACCUCGGCUUCUGCUGGCACAGUCAAGCUUCCUGAACGACUGUCAGACGACAAGGUUUCCAGAUUUCCUUCACGGCUCAGCUCCGGAACGCAAGACGCCAAAUCUUCACUGGCUCUGCUACAAUCUCCAUCCCUGGUCGGCCAAUCUGUUAGCCCAAGCAAUUCUCAGGGGGAAGGUGAGGGCUCAGUAGCUAAGAGAUUAGAAGGUGAAGGGCAGCUCACAGGCUUAAGCCACCAGGGGAAGAAUCACAUGGAGAAGUCUGCUGCUGGCUGCACUAGCCCUUCACCGAAGGCCAACCUACUCAACUGUUCUCAGGAGCAGGUAACUUUAGAGGCAGGGGGAAGGGAGACAACAACCCGGGGUGGGGAGAAGCAAGAAAACCACAUAAUUCAUGGAAGUCUGGCACCUUCCAAUGAAACCAGCAUGUGA